UGUGUCUUCCUCGUCUCUGCGUCAAUCUCUGUCUCUCUGCUUAUCUCUGCCUCUCUCCUUGUAUCUUUCUCGGGCUCAGUUCUGUCUCCGUCCGUCCGUCUCUCGGCGUCCGUCUUCUGCUGCGGCUUCCGCGACCACAAGUACUGCUGCGACGACCCGCACAGCUUCUUCCCCUGCGAGCACAGCUCCAUGUGGUGGCUCAGUAUUGGUGCUCUUGUGGGCCUGUCCAUAGCAGCAGUGGUCCUCCUGGCCUUCAUUGUCACCGCCUGUGUGCUUUGUUACCUGUUCAUCAGCUCAAAACCCCACACAAAGUUGGACCCAGGAUUAAGCUUACAGACUACAGACCCUGACGAGGUACCGCCUGACUGCCAAGGUGGGAACAUGGGCAAUUCAGUGGAGGUGCCAGGAGUGAACCCUCUCGGGCAGAGUCACCUCCUGAACCCAUGGCCGGACUGCAAUGAACAGCAGGCCAUGGACCCCAAACGCCUCCUCCGGCACUGCUUCAUGGCUACAGUGACGGCCGGUGACAUUCCAGGCAGCCCAGAGGAGGACCCUGUCCCCAGUCUAGACCAGCUCCAUAAACACCCUGUGCUGCUGCUGCUGGGCUGGGACCACCCUUUGAGCUCCACCGGCCAGGAAGAAUAAAGAGAAUUGGAGCUGUGGAGGCUAGGAGGAGACCUCACACUGAGCAGGGCUGAAGGCCUGGACUUCCCUGGUGGUGCAGUGGUUGAGAAUCCGCCUGCCAAUGCAGGAGACACAGGUUUGAUCCCCGGUCCUGGAAGAUCCCACAUGCCGUGGAGCAAUUAAGCCCGUGCACCACAACUACUGAGCCCGCAAGCCACAACUACUGAAGCCUUAGCUCCCUAGAGCCUGUGCGCCGUGACUACUGAGCCUGUGUGCUGCAAUUACUGAAG